AUAUUAGCGCGCCUCUCGACUUCGUAAUAUAUUAAUCCCAGUUCUAAUUAUAUAAUUAAUUCGUAAGACGAUCCAUAUACUGUUACGAAUGCCAAAACUCUCUGAUACUUCUAGCACCAGUGUGCGGUAUGUCACGUCUGAUAAAGGACGCAUAUAAAUAUCCCCGUGUGGCGAUGAUACUUCGACGUUGCAAUCUGGCGUCAAGUUAUAUUUUUCGUGAGCAUCAACCUUUCUCAAGUUCGUCAAAUCUGGAAAUUUCCUGGUCAAUUAAAAAAAUUCUAAGACAAAUCUAUGGAUAACUUUUUAUAUUUGUAACGAUUGGAAACUGAAACUUAGCACAAGUUAUGUCAGUUUGAGGGAGAACCUCUGCUUUAAACAAUCUUAGUUAUACGAAACUGGCUCGGUGCCGUGAACUGAUACGUUUCGUCCGUAUAAAAGAUCGAAGCGUCGAGGGGAAGGAUCGAGAGGAAAACUUAUACGCAAAGCACGUCUGUGGUCCAGAUGGAACCGCGCGAGACAGAAGAGUUACUCAAGACUCAUCUGCGAGAGAAUAAUCUCUUGCAAGAUGAGCCCAGGUCAUGGAUCGUCGAUCGUUCUCCUCUCGGAGGUCGCGGCGUAUUUGCCACGCGAGACAUACGAGCCGGCGAGCUGAUCUUCACAGACGUCCCGUUGUUAAUAGGACCGCGAUGCCACAAAAAGUACUUGCCAAUGUGUGUUGUUUGUUACAAGAGCGAUUGCGCUCUGUUCCCCUGCGAUCACGGCUGCGGUUUGCCGAUCUGUUCUGCAGAAUGCGAGAAUUCCGCAGUGCAUGUCCAAGGGGAAUGCAAAUUUCUGAGAGGAUGGGCACCAACCUGCGGCUCUACCUGGUCCAAGGACCUGCUACUCGCAGUGGUGCCGAUACGUGGUCUCACAUUGUCGAAAGAGCAACGUAAACUCUUGUACGCUUUUGAGUGCCAUGCUAAUCUUACUCGCAAUUACGAGAUCGACUUGCUCAAGAGAAACGUGGCCAAUCUUCCCAACGAGGAGGAAAUGGAGCUCAUGAGACGCACUUGCGGCGUUUUCAAUACAAAUUCAUUCGAAGUUGUGGUUGUACCUUCGCGGGACGAGGACCGCACCACGAGUUUACGUGGUCUUUAUCCAAUGGGCGCAUUGCAGAAUCAUUGCUGCGUGCCGAAUACCAGACAUCACUUUGACGACCAGCAACGGCUGCACGUGAGCGCCGCGCUGCCCAUCGCCGCUGGCGAGGAGAUUACUAUGACUUACACCGAUCUGCUGUGGGACACAUCGAGCAGAAGGCAGUUCUUAAGAGUCACCAAACGUUUCUCUUGCAAUUGCAACAGAUGCUCCGAUCCUCUGGAAUUCGGUUCUCAGCUCGGUGCGCUUCUCUGCGCAAAGGACGAUUGUUCGGGAUAUUUGCUACCUCGUAAUCCUCUCAAUCGUGAGUCAUCCUGGAUUUGCGACAAGUGCCAGACCAGCAUAAAUCACAGACAGAUCGAAUGUAUUCAUUCAGGAUUGAACACAUUUGUAUCCGACGCUAUGUACAAAAGUCCGCGAGAAAUUCUAAGAUUUAUAGAAACAGUAUUAUCGAGAUUGGUACCCGCCACUAAUUACAUUACGUUGGAUGUCAAGUAUCGUAUAAUCUCCUAUUUUGGCAGAGACCCUGAUCUCAAAUGGGAAGAUCUCACAGAUGCAGAACUUAGAAUUAAAAAGUUAUAUUGUGACAAUAUACUUUCUGCUUUAGAUAUUUUGGGUUCUGGAGAUUCUAUUAAAAAAGGUCUUGUUUUAUACGAGUUGUAUCGUACAAAUCUUGAAUUGUUUAAACGUCAGAUUUCCGAUGACAACGACGGACAGACACAUCCGUACACAAAAAACGAUGAUACUGAACGAUUAUUACGAAAGGCAAUGAAUAUAUUACAAAACGAUGUUGGCGCAGCCUGUGUUCGCAAAAGCGACUAAUGCAAUCGACUGUUUUGACACCAAAUCAACUGUUCGUAUAUACAGAGUGAGACGAAAUAGGUAGCAUGAUUGGCAAGAGUGAUACUUUGCAGCGGAAUAAAAUAUACAAUUUUUAAAAAUAUAAAUCUUCAUUUUUAAAUAUAACUCUUAUUUCAAAAACAUGAUUUUGAAAGUUAAUAGCUUCUUAUAUAUUCUUCAAUUUUGUGUUUUCAAAUUUAUCUCGAUAUAGUGGCUAUUAAUACAUAAUGUACAUACAUUCCAUUUAAUAAAAUAAUUUAAAUUAUUGUAGAAACUUUUGCUUGUACCAUACAUCCCAUUCUGUAUGUAUAAUAAACUUUAUGUAGAAUACAAAAAAAACAUGUAACCAUUCAUAACGUUAUGUACAAAUCUAAUUACUUUUUCAUGUUACUUGCUGUAAUAAACAUUUCGCUUCUUCGUA